AUGUUGCUUAAUGAAAGAACUGGAAUGCACAAUGAUUUUUCGAUUUUCUUCAAACCAGUUAAAAUAGCAGCAUGUAAACUUCUCAAAUGCAAGGAGUUUAAUCAAUUCAAGGUCGACUGUGACUCCCAGGACGUCGUGAGAAAUUUCACUCAUCAGAUAAUGGAAUUCCCGUAUCGUCACAACUACGACAAUACUGCCAGAGAAUCACGGUUUCUUUUUAAAAUUUUUUGCUAUAAUCACCAACAAUCAGUAUUUUCACUGUCAAAAUCGUACACCGUUCACGAUCUUGUAGUGAAAAUCAACGAAAGUCAUCAGCUUUAG